AUGGGCGAAGAGGAAGAUGGAAGGCCACCCAGGCCUUCUACAUCGAUUUCAGGAAACCAGGGAUAUUAUGGAAAUGUAAAUCCAUAUAACGUGCCAUAUAUGAUGCCUCCAAAUCCAUAUCCAUAUCCAUAUCCAUAUCCACAUCCAACGCCGUACGCUUGGGGUAGUCAGCCACCCCAAGGAACAACCAUGCCAUCCCCUCUGUCAAGUAAUCCAGAGGAGUUGAGACGAUGUGAAGAUACAACCCAGUCGGCGAUGCCACUAUGUGUGCCAACUAUGCCCUACCCACAUUGCGCAAGUGAGUCAUCAACUAUGCCAUCCAAUUCUGUAGCUGAAAAGAAUUUAGGAGGAACAUAUCCACAUCCAUUUCCAUAUGCUUGGGGUAGCCAGCACUCGACGAUGCCACCGCGUGUGCCAUCGAUGCCAUCCAAUUCUGUAGCUGAUCAGAAUUUAGAAGGAACUUCAUCCGACAUAAAUAUAGAGCCAAACGGGGAGGGGAUGAAUGAAGUCUCAGAUGAUGAUAAUAGAGUUGAGCCUCCAAACGCUGGUAUGCACUUUGCUACUGAUAAAGAGGUUUUAGACUAUUACAAACGAUACGCCAAACAAGAGGGUUUUGGUGUUAUCAUAAGAAGAACGAAGAGAGAUCUGGAUGGGAGUGCGAAGUAUGUGACAAUUGGUUGUGCACGUGGCGGGAAGUAUUAUCCUAGCCACAGUAAUUUAUCAAAGCCACGGCCAACGACAAAAACUGAUUGUAAGGCAAAGAUAAAUGCCCGGUUUGUGAAUGGGGUAUGGGUGUUGACCAGUGUUGAUCUUGUUCACAAUCACAGCACAGUUAGUCCACAAAAAUCAAGAUUUUUUAGAUCUCACAAACAUUUGGAUGAAUAUAGUCAGAGAAUGCUUGACUUGAAUGACAGAGCGGGUAUUCGGAUGAAUAAAAAUUUCCAAGCACUUGUGACUGAGGCGGGGGGGUUUGAGAAUUUAGCUUUCCAAGAGCAGGAUUGUAGGAAUUUUAUUGACAAAGCUAGAUACUUAAGAAUGAGUAAAGGAGGUGGUGAAGCACUAAACGGCUACUUUAAGAGAAUGAGGAAAAUGAAUGAUGACUUUGUUUCCGUCAUGGAUGUGGAUGAUGAGUUUAGGGUUAGGAAUGUGUUUUGGGCUGACGCACGAAGUCGGGCCGCAUAUGAGUAUUUUGGAGACGUUAUCACGUUCGAUACUACGUACCUAACAAAUAGGUACGGGAUGCCGUUUGCUCCCUUCGUUGGAGUAAACCAUCAUGGACAGUCUAUACUCUUAGGGGCAGGCUUGAUUUCAAGCGAGGACACAAGUACCUUCGUGUGGUUGUUUGAGGCAUGGUUAGAAUGCAUGAAUGGACGGGCACCCGCAGCAAUCAUAACAGACCAAGACAGGGCAAUGAAGAAUGCGAUUGAGAUUGUAUUCCCGAAUGCAAGACAUAGAUAUUGUCUCUGGCAUAUAAUGCGGAAACUGCCGGAGAAAUUGGGAUCCCACUCCGCAUAUGACGCAGGAUUGAAGACUGCAAUUCAGAGUGCAAUCUAUGAUACACAAAAUAUAGAACAAUUUGAGGAGAAGUGGGGGCAGUUAAUUCAUAAAUAUGAGCUGAUUGAGAAUGCAUGGUUGCAGGGGUUGUACACCGAGAGGUCAUUUUGGGUACCAGUCUACUUAAAAGGUGUAUUCUGGGCUGGUAUGAGCACUACUCAACGGUCUGAAAGCAUGAACGCGUUCUUCGAUGGAUAUGUGCAUUCCGGUACGACAUUGAAAGAAUUUGUCGACCAAUUUGAUAAUGCUUUGAGGAAGAAGGUGGAGGCGGAGACGACAGCUGAUUUCCAGUCAUGUAACCAAACAAUUCCAUGUGUAUCCCUAUUCAAAAUUGAGAGGCAGUUUCAAUCAUUAUACACGAACGCAAAAUUUAAAGAGGUCCAAGCAGAGGUUUGGGGGAUGCUUUUAUGUAACCCUUCACUUGUGGGCAAUGAAGGUAGCAUUUCCACCUUCGAUGUUUUGGAAGAAAUCUCUACACCUGAUGGACAGUCCAGAAUUGUGAAGUGCAUAGUUUACUUUAAUGAAACUGAAUGCGAAGUUCAAUGUACGUGUGCCUUGUUUGAGAUGAGGGGGAUUCUCUGUAGGCAUGCAUUUAAAGUCUGUCAGAUGAAGUACAUUCAUGAGCUGCCAGAGAAAUAUGUGUUGGAUCGAUGGAGGAAAGAUUUAAAGAGAAGAUACACACUGGUUAAGAGUAGUUAUGAUGAUGUACGGGUCAAUGCGGAUGCACGACGGUAUGACCUUGUCGUACAAAGAUGUCUAAGAUUUGCGACCCGUGUCUCCCGGAAUGAUGAGCAUGUGAAUGCAUUCUUUCAUAUGUUGGAUGACUUUGAGCAUAAGUAUGUCGGAUUAGAGACUGAGUCCGGUUCAAGAAAAUUAAAAGAGAACGUAGUCGCCAAUCAGGAUAAGAAGAUAUUAAGCCCGCACGUUGUUCGUGGGAAAGGGAGACCGCCAACUAGAAGAAAGGUCCCGAUGGUCGAGAAGGCUACAAGGAAGAGAAAGAAAAAACAGACAUAUAGGAAUCUAUUUGACGACCCUAAAGACAAUGUUGACCUCCCGGUGUCAGAAGUUGGUGCUGCUGUUGAUGAGGUUGUUAUCCAAACCCAGUGUAGUACUCUAACACAAAACACAAUGCUUCCGGCCAAUGAGCAGGCUAUGCCAAGCUUGCCCGAUGGAACUUAG